GGUAUAUAGACACAAAACACUCGAGUUCAUCCCUACCAGAAACAAAGCAAAAGAAAACAAAAAUAACAGAGGAAGAGAAGAAAAAAUGGAGAUCUUGCUCUGCUUCGUAUUGGUUUCGCUUCUUACUCUCUUAACAUCGAUCUUUCUUAAAAGGAUGACAAACUCAAACUCAAAACUCAAUCUUCCUCCGACCCCUUCAAGGCUUCCAAUCAUUGGAAACUUGCACCAUCUUGCAGGACUGCCUCACCGAUGUUUUCACAACCUCUCCAUCAAACACGGACCAGUGAUGCUUCUCCGUCUCGGUUUUCUUCCAGUGGUUGUUAUCUCAUCGAGUGAAGCAGCCGAAGCAGUUCUCAAAACUCAUGACUUGGAAUGUUGUAGCCGACCAAAGACGGUAGGGACAGGGAAACUCUCUUACGGUUUCAAAGACAUCAAUUUCGGACCGUACGGUGAGUAUUGGCGGGAGAUGCGUAAACUCGUGGUCACCGAGCUUUUCAGUCCUAGAAAAGUUCAAUCUUUCAGGUACAUAAGAGAAGAAGAGACUGACUUAAUGGUGAAGAAAGUGUCUGAAUCAGCUUUGGAACAAGCGCAGGUGGAUCUAAACAAAAUUUUCUUCUCCCUCGCCGCAAGCAUCAUCUGUAGAGUGGCCUUAGGACAGAACAUCCACGAGAGCGGCUUCCUUAUCGACCAAGAAAGGAUCGAAGAGCUUGUUACCAAAGCAGCGGAAGCUCUAGGGGGUUUCACUUUCUCUGACUUCUUCCCUGGUGCACUUGGAAGCUUCGUGGACUGGUUGUUUCAACGACACAAGAAGAUCAACAAAGUCUUUGAAGAACUAGAUGCUUUUUACCAACACGUGAUCGAUGAGCACUUGAAGCCAGAGGGAAGGAACAAUCAGGAUAUUGUUUCCUUGAUGUUGGAUAUGAUCGAUAAACAAGGAAGUGGAGACUCUUUCAAACUCAGUAUUGAUAAUGUUAAGGCGGUCCUCAUGGAUAUAUUUCUUGCGGGGGUAGAUACAGGCGCCAUAACUAUGAUUUGGGUGAUGACCGAGCUCGUUAGAAACCCUAACGUGAUAAAGAAGGCUCAAGAAAAGAUCCGAGCUACCUUAGGGAUCAAAAGGGAAAGAAUCACUGAAGAAGACCUAGGAAAGGUUGAUUACUUGACGUUUAUAAUCAAGGAAACACUCAGACUACAUCCACCAGUUCCACUUUUACUCCCAAGGGAAACAAUGUCUCACGUCAAAGUCCAAGGGUACGACAUUCCUCCCAGAACACAAAUCCAAGUUAACGUAUGGACAAUCGGACGUGACCCCAAGCGUUGGACCGACCCUGAAGGUUUCAUCCCUGAGCGGUUUGAAGAUAGUUCUGUGGAUUUCAGAGGACAACACUUUGACCUAUUACCAUUUGGUUCUGGUCGAAGGGUAUGUCCUGCGAUGGCAAUGGGGAUUGCUACUGUGGAGCUAGGAUUGAUGAACUUGCUUUACUAUUUUGACUGGAAGCUGCCUGAUGGGAUGAAAGUUGGAGACAUUGAAAUGGAGGAAGCUGGGAUUCUCACUAUUGUCAAGAAAGUACCUCUUCAACUUGUGCCCCUUCAAUGCCAUUAAUGGGCGCAGUCACAGAAGCUCUACAACAUGGAGAUAUAGCUUGUGUAAAACCCUAUAGUUAUUUAAAAUUACUGUAAAAUCUAAUAAUUAUUUAAUGUAUGAUGAACAAUUUGUCCUAAAGUAAUAAAGUUUGACAAUUUAUCCAAAAAAUAUUAUUAUUA